AUGGGUGACGACCCUGGAUUAUCAAUUGGUAGCGCGUUGAUGGAGACGUUGAACUGGCAGUUUAUAGAAUUAGCAGGGGCUAUCGUGUCCUAUUUCAACCGACUCACCAGCUCUACAAUCUCCGCUAUAGAUGACCUUGACCCCCUAGAAAUAUUCAAUCACGAUCUAGUCGGUGCAUUCACCAUCAUCCAAUUUGUUACAUAUAUUCUGUUUAUCAUUUCGAGACAAAUCCGUCUGUCCACUCUCUUGGAUGUCGUCACUGAAUCCAGUGCACCCAUGGGGGCAAUUCAAAGUAUAUCUGGUCCCGAUCCCGAUGUACCAAUCGCUAAAGAAAGAAGGGGCAUGUUAGAGUCAAUAAGGAUGGUAUAUGGUCCUUUUGGUCGUAGAGGAGUUAGUUGGUCUCCGGUUUCUAUCGAUGACGCAGAACGAAUGUUUAGAUGCUUACAAAAGCCUAUUGGUCGUAAAGGGGUGUUCUUGCAGCCGCUCAAAGAUAAGGCAGUCGAAAAAAGAUUGACUGACUUUGGUAUUGGAUUCAUGGGAGCGACAAAACUCCUUGAUACAUAUGUUGGAAGAUCCAAACAGAAACCAGAGUCCAAAGGGAUCUAUAUCAAUUGUGAUGACGAUGAUGCUGAAAUCCAGGUUGCACGCCUAAAUGCAUUGAUACAAAAAAAAAAACAAGCAGCGGCCGAAAGAAACAAGAUCCCACUUGAAUACGACUCCGAUGACGACUCUGAUGACGAACCAACAACCACCUCCACAGUCAACAACGGACACAAUCAAUCUCAUCGAGCAAAACAAAUCAAUUCCAGUCACCCGACCCAUAAGAAAACCGUGAUGAUGGCCACAGCUGAAGGUUCUGGUCCAACUCGUUUAGAGAUAAAGGAAUUGGAAAAACAAAAGAGGGAGUCGGAGAAAAAGGAAAAUGCCAAGAAAGCGAGAUCAGACGCAAGAGAGGCCGAAAAGAAAAGAAAAGAUGGCCUAUCAAGGGGAGAACUGGACAAAGAAAAAGCUACAAAGGCAAACAAGCUUCAAUUGGCCAGAGAAGAAAAGGAAGCACAAGAACGACGCGAAAAACGACAACGUGACAUUGCCUCUGGUCUUAUCCCCACCCGACCCGAUGUCCCAGCGAGAACGGGAAAUAUCUGCAAAGUACUUGGUCAAAUCAAGAAAUCAGUACCAAAUGCGGGAUUAUUCAACUCAUACUGCCACCACAGAGGUGCCAAACAACCGAUAGACCCCAACGACUCUAUGUGGGGAGGAUUUGCUGAUAGUUAUUCACGUGCCUACAAGGAUUACAAGAAAUAUCUCCUGUCGAAUCCCAGAGGUGAUAUGACUGCGGAUGACCACCGCACAAUGUAUUUUAAUACCAUAUUCCUCCCAUCCGACCAACAAACAGCAACCGCAGAUCAAGAUCCAACGGUCCACCACCCUGACACAGAGAACCCACCCGUCGCCAGUCCACCACCAUCGGAAUCAUUUGGUGGCAACGACGACCAAUUGUUUGGAGAUAACUCUUGCCAUCUCGAACCAACCCCACCUCUCGAGUAUGGUGCAAUGUGUGAUUCUAGUUUUGAUACCCCACCCAUGGAUGAAGGGUUUGAUACAUCAGUCACCGAUCUUAUGGAGAUUGAGUCACCAUCAUCACAACAAACAGAAGAGAAGAACAAAAGAAGCAACAAAAAAGAUGGAGGCGACAAGAGAAAGGACCAUCCCGUCGCACCCGAGCAGGAUGGGGAUGAUGAAGAGAUCGUAGAGCAACCAAAAAAGAAAACGAAACCCAACACUCAAAUAUCAAAGGUGGCCAUCACAACAAAGAAGAAACCAUCGUCUGAAAAGAAGUCAGUGGUCAAAGAGUCAUCAUCAGACAGUGGAGAAGAGGAGGAGGACCAUCCAAAGAAAAAGAAGAAGUCAUUGGCAAAGAAACCGGUUGUAGAAGAUUCGUCAGACUCCGAAGAUGAAGAGAGUGAUCAAUCGGACUCUGAUGAUGAAGAGAGUGAUCAAUCGGACUCUGAUGAUGACACGACAAAAGGUGCACCACAUAAGGCAGUGAACAGAACCCCCAUCAAACAGCGUAAGGGUAAAUCAGGGGUUGGAACCCCAAAAAACAAAUCACAAAAGAAAAAUGCAAGCGCCCUUACUCGUUUAACAUCUUUUUACAAGAAUUCAAAAGAAGCAAGGCCCUUGUUGAAGCGCUUAUUGGAACAAGGUUCACGUGGCUUCGUGGUCGAUAAGGUGCAUCGGCCAGCUGACCCAAAGGCAACAUACUAUUGUGAUUUCUCCAUUCAUUUACCAGGACUCAAGGAAACUUCUGAAAGGAUCCCGGGUAUUGCCACGAAAUUAGGAGCACAGUAUCCUGAUCAAGAUAUUGUUCUUACUGACGGUAAGAUUGUUAGAUGGGAGAAUGGUAAGACCUAUCCAUUCUAUGGUUCAGAGUGUAAGUUUGAACCAAAGACUUCUACCGGCUUCCCAGGGGGUGGUUUGGUAUUGGGUGCGAAUGAAAAGAUCUUUAACAGUGAUGGUUCUGUUUAUAACUCAGGAGGAGGUGGCGGUACUACACCACUAGAUACAAAGGGAGUAACCUUUCAAACCGAUGGUAUUCAUCUUACUACGAAUCAGAAUGUCUACAACUCUGAUGGCACCCCAAUUAACAACUCCCCCCCACCAUUGAAUACACAAGGAGUUACUUUCAACACAGAUGGUGUUCAUCUAGCACCAGGUCAAAAUGUCUAUAAAUCAGAUGGUACACCAAUCAACAAUGGCUCAUCUCAACCACCACUUGACACAAAGGGAUUGGUGUUUACUACUCAAGGCCCGGUACUAGCUAGUAAUCAAAAGAUUUAUAAUCAAGAUGGAUCAGUCUAUCAAGAUACUAAAGGAGUCGUAUUUGGUCAAGAUGGUAUUCAUUUAUUAGCAGGUCAAAACGUCUACGACUCCGAUGGGGUACCACUCGACAAUGCACCACUUCCUUUAGAUACAGAGGGUGUUGUCUUUACUACUCAAGGUCCUAAAUUAGCAGCUGGUCAAAAUUACUUACUCAGUGAUGGUACACCACUACAACCAGUUGUAAACAAUGUCACCAAUGUUAAUUUAGAUACAAAGGGCGUAACCUUUCAAACCGACGGUGUGCAUAUGGCAGCUGGUCAAAAUAGUGCCAAUGGUACAUCGCCACUUCAAACAAAUUCAAAACUUCUCACAUCUCAAGAUAAUAUGUCUCUUGAUGUUUAUGGAAAGGGCAUCCGGUUUAUGAACUCUUCCAUUCCAAGUUACAUCCCCACUAUUUUGGAUAGUUACGAGGUUUAUUCGUCUGAUAUUACUAUGACUCACGCAAGUGUCGCAAACCCAUUAGUAGGAUCAAAGCUCAGAUGCAUGAGAAUUGGAAAUUAUGUUAAAGUAGGGUUCGAUAAAUUUUGGUUUACUGGUCCAUAUUCUGGUGGGAGCCAACUUAUUGGGACCACCGGGGUUUUAUCUUUACCCACCCGCUUCCAACCUCCAUAUAAUUUAGCUGCAAUCGGUGCAUCUUCUGUUGGUUAUCAAAUAACCGAUGGCUAUCGGUCAUCAGACACAACUAGAUGUUCAUUAAUCAAUUUCAACAAUGGUUUUGCGAUUAGAAUCACACACAAAGAUGGUGUCUAUAUCUCUGUCAAUCUGGCAUCCGGUGAACGGAAUGAAUUUUCUAGUGUUUUCUGGGAGUGGUUCCUCUAA